UCCAAGCCAACCAGUGCUGGAGGAGGAGAGCAGGGACACGGCCGAAGCUGAGGCUUUCACACAGCGCUGAAUCUGGUAGAGACAGCAGGCAGGGACAGCAUCCACCAGCCGGAGUUUCGAGCUCGCUUUACAUCAUGGAGCACAAACAAACCAUCAACUUUGGAGCCGGACCUGCAAAACUUCCCCCCUCUGUGCUGCUUCAAGCACAGAAUGAGCUCCUAAACUACAGCGGCACUGGCAUCAGUGUCCUCGAGAUGAGUCACCGAUCAUCAGACUUCAAUAAAAUUAUCAACAAAACAGAGAGCCUCCUGCGAGAGCUGUUAAAUAUUCCAGACAACUACAAGGUGCUGUUCCUGCAGGGUGGUGGGUCUGGACAGUUCAGCAGUGUUCCUCUCAACCUGAUUGGUCUUAAGGAGGAUAGGUGUGCCGAUUACCUGGUGACGGGCACGUGGUCGGCCAAAGCAGCAAAGGAAGCGGAGAAAUAUGGCAAAGUGAAUGUUGUUCACCCAAAACUGGAUAGUUACACGAAAAUCCCUGACCCCAGCAGCUGGACCCUGAACCCCUCAGCCUCCUACGUGUACUACUGCUCCAAUGAGACAGUCCAUGGUGUUGAAUAUAACUUUACCCCAGAAACAAAUGGGGUGGUCUUGGUGAGCGACAUGUCCUCCAACUUCCUGUCCCGACCUGUGGACGUCUCUAAGUUUGGGCUCAUUUUCGCCGGGGCUCAGAAGAAUGUGGGCUGUGCCGGUGUAACCGUGGUCAUUGUGCGAGAGGACUUGUUAGGUCACGCUCUGAAAGAGUGUCCCAUUGUCCUGGACUACAAGGUGCAGGCUGAGAUGAACUCCCUGUACAACACACCCCCAUGUUUCAGCAUCUACAUCAUGAGCCUGGUUCUGGAGUGGAUAAAGAACAAUGGCGGCAGUGCUGCCAUGGAGAUGCUCAACAAGCAGAAGUCCUCCAUGAUUUAUGACAUCAUCAAUGCUUCUAAUGGUUUCUAUGUGUGUCCUGUAGACACAGCCUGUCGGAGCCGGAUGAAUGUACCAUUUCGUGUGGGGAAGAAAGAGGGAGAUGAAGCCUUGGAAAAGGAGUUUCUGGAUGGUGCUUCCAAACGUGGAAUGAUCUCACUGAAAGGACACAGGUCAGUUGGAGGAAUUCGCGCAUCACUUUACAACGCUGUAACACUGGAGGACACUAAAGCACUCGCUGACUACAUGAAGGAGUUCCUCAAAGAUCACCAAUGAAGCCUCUCAUAUUGAACGCUGCCUGAUACCAGCCUGCACCUUUUUACAUGCCUUUUAUAACAACCUGGCAUUGUUCCUAAAAGCUACUGCCUUUGCUAGUUAUAUAUGUAUGUAACAUAGCCAGUAAACGAAUUAAAAAUAGUAAUUCUAACAGGACUUAUAUGUGUAAAUGUUCAAGGUGAAUCUUGUUAUUUGUAAAAACUGUACUUACAUUCCAGUAAAAAUUAACUUGACAUUA